UUGCUCUUAAGAGAAUAGUUUCACUAUUCAGUUUAUUAAAUAUCUAUGGCAGCUGCAAUGGUAAUUGGUGCAACCAUUGGGAUUUUGGUGGCCAGUUUUAUUGGAAAAAUGUUGUACGCAGUAUGGUGGUGGCCAAAGAUGAUGGAAAAGAAGUUGCAGGAGGAAGGUAUCCAUGGCCAUCCCUACAAGUUGUUGUUUGGGAACCUUAAAGAGAUGAUGAAAAUGUCUAGAGAAGCAAAGAAACAACCCUUGUUAAAUCAUCAUAUCCUUCCUUGUGUUAAUCCUUUUCUUUUGCAUCUUUCUAACACGUAUGAGAAAACAUUUGUGCUGUGGGCUGGACUAACACCUCGUGUGACUGUUACAGAUCCAAAGCUAAUUAGAGAAGUGGUGAACAGAUAUAAUGAAUUCGAGAAGCCUAAAUCCAAUGCUUUCAUCGACAUGUUUGUUACUAGACUUGCCAGUUACAAUGGUGAAAUUUGAAUUGAUUCGGGGUUUAAAAAAGUGAAGGAGACUUUUGAAUUAUGUAAUCUUAAAUAUAGGACGUUCCCGGCAUUUUGUGAGUGUUCUGAUGAAAUGAUAAACAGAUGGGAGGAAUUGGUCAGCAAAACAGGAAGUUGUGAGUUGGAUGUGGCAGAUGAGGUCCUAAACGUAGGUGGAGAUGUUAUAUCAAGAGCUGCAUUUGGCAGCAAUAUUGAAGAAGGAAGGACCAUUUUCCUACUUCAAAAGGAGCAGUGCGAGCUUAUUUUGGCCUCUCCUUUUACCCUUUUCUUUCCUUCCCUAAGAUUCUUUCCAACAGCAUCAAACAGAAAAGCAAGGUAUAUCCACAGGAAAGUGAUAUCAUUGAUAAGAGGAAUAAUAGAGAAGCGAGAGGAGGCCAUGCAAAGAGGAGAGUCGGACAAUGAUGACAUUUUAGGCUUACUCUUAAAAGCAAGAAAUGAAGGAAACAAGUCCAAAGGAGGAAGAGGAAUAUCAACUGAUGAUGUGAUUGAGGAAUGUAAAGAAUUUUACCUUGCUGGACAAGACACAACCACAGCUUUGCUGUCAUGGACACUGGUGGUCUUAUGCAUGCACCCUGAGUGGCAAGACAGAGCUAGGAAUGAAGUGUUUCAAGUCAUUGGAAAAAACAAACCAAAGUUUGAUGACUUGAAUCAACUAAAAAUAAUGAACAUGAUAUUCCAAAAGGUGUUGAGAUUAUAUCCAGCACUCAUCCUUUAUCGAAGCACCUCAAAGAGCACAAAAUUGGGAGACAUGACAAUUCCACCGGGAGUACAAUUGCGUGUGCCUAUAUAUCUAGUACAUCGUAAUCCUGAAGUAUGGGGGGACGGCGCAUUGAUGUUCAAUCCAGAGAGGUUCUCAGAAGGGGUAUCGAAAGCUGCAAAAGAGCCGUUGUAUUUCCCCUUUGGUUGGGGUCCUCGAAUGUGCAUCGAUAAUAACUUUGGCAUGGUGGAAGCGAAGCUCGUUUUAUCUCAAAUUCUGCAGCGCUUUUGGUUUGAACUCUCUCCUUCCUAUAAGCAUGCCCCUCAUGUCACACUGGUUAUGAAGCCUCAAUAUGGUGCACAGAUUAUCCUGCACAAGCUUUGAGCCUUCCGGCUGAGGGUGGUAAGUUGUAGUAGUACUAGUUUUUCAAUAAAGGUUGAGAUGUAUUCUGCUACUAUUUAUGCGUUUCAAUACCUUGUUAUUUUGGAUGUGACAACCUUAUUCUCAUUAGCACUAUGAAGGUAAUAAUUAAUUGA